CGACCAUCUCGGCGGUUCGCUUGCUAGCGUUAGCCUUUGCGCCUGGCCUGGAACGCGCGCACGCCUAGCCUAUUUACGAUCAAGAUAGAGAAAUGAUGGCGGGAGCAAUGGCCUCCUGGUGCCUCAGGAAAGUCACAGGCAGUGACCAAAAAUACGGCCUGAUUCCUUUAAAGAAUGGAGAAGAGAUAACUGUUGGAAGAGGGAUGGAUGUGAGCAUUCAGUUGUUGGCCUCACAGAACAAUCUUUUCCUCUCAAGAAAGCACUGCACCUUCAAACAGUUGGAAGAAGGAAGUUGGACAGUAAUUGAUAACAGGAGUCUGAACGGCGUGCGAAUUAAUGACAGCCGGAUAGCCCCAAUGGAGCCUGCAACUCUGAGGAAUGGAGACAAAUUAGAGUUAGGUCAAGCAAACAAAGGACAGGUGAAUGAGUUUAUCUUCACAGUCUGCACUGCAGACCAUUCCUCGGAGGAAGUAGACAAACUGCUCAGGUCUUGGAAGAGGAGGGCUGAAAAAAUCAAGCUGAAAUUUGCAACUAAAUCUUCUCAGCGUAUGGACAGCGAAAUUAGUGUUAAGUCAGACUCUCAGUCCGGUAGUUUGGGCAGUUCAUCGGGUGAGAGAAAACGAAAAGAAAGAGACGACCAGGGUGUUGGUAGUAAUGCAUCAAAUGAACCCUCCACUUCGUCCGACGUCAAGAGGACUAGACUAUCCCAAGAGGGUGAUCUUAAGAACUCUGGGUUUAGGCAGCUAAUGGUGGAGGUAGGUGCUAACAUGACAGCUGAAGAAUUAAAGGCAAUAACUGAACUCCUAGUGGACAAGAGAGGAGAGAGCAAAGGCGAGAGUGUGCUUGACAGACUCAAAUCAACUGUGAAGAAGCAGGAGGAGGUGGAAGAGAAGAAUGCCAAGCUUGAGGUGGAGUACAAGACCAGGGUUGAGGAGAAGGAGGAGGAGCUGAGACAAAAGGACAAAGAGCUCCUAGAGCAUAAAAGACUCCAGGAAGAAGCGUUAGAAACGCAAAAGAGACUCUUAGAAGAGAAAGAGGAAGCAUUGGCGAAGAUGAAACAAGAGAUGGAGGAGGUAUUUGAGGAGCAGGUCAAGGAGAAAGAGACAGCUUUGAUGGAACAGCUCAAACAACAGAGAGAGGAACUAAAACAUGAGAAAGAGAAGGUUGAUAACAGUCUUCAGGAGUUCAGCAAGCAGUUGGCGGAGAAGGACAGGAGCAUGAAGGAGGAGCAGGAGGAGAUGCAGAGGAAACUGGAGGAGUCCAUCAGGGAGAAAGAAGCACAGAUGUUGGCUCAGCUAGAGGCAGAGAAACAAGCAGUCAUAGAAGAGAAGCAGAAGGUUGAAGAAAAGCUUCAGACAGCUCUAGAGAAGGACAAAGGACUGGAGGAAGAGAAACAGAGAUUAGAUGAAAUCAUUCAGCAAAAAGAAAAAGAAAAAACAGACAUGGAAGAUGAGAUGGAAGCUAGUCGCUUAGAACGGGAGGAAGAGGAGAAAGUGAAGAUAGAAAAUGCGAAAAGAGCUGCUCUUGAUGACUUUACUAAUGUUAUGGAGAAUGAGUUCCAAUGCAGCAUUUGUUCUGAACUCUUCAUUCAGGCCACAACACUCAACUGUUCCCACUCUUUCUGUGCCUACUGCAUCCACACAUGGUUCAAGCGUAAGAACGAGUGCCCGAACUGCCGCGUGAAGACCACCUCACACAGUCGCUCCAUCGUCCUUGACAACUACAUCGACAAGAUGAUUGAGAAACUAGGAGACGAGGCUAAGCAGAUGCGGAAGGAGAUCAUUAAAGAGAGAAAGGAACAGGAUCCAAGUUAUAGCACCAGGCCUAAUGCCAAUGUCACCACCGUCAGUGCUGUCCCUGUGGUCAUAUCGGACGAUGAUAAUGAGGACGACGACGAUGAGGAGGAGGAGGAGGAAGAGGAGGAAAUCGAGUACUAUGACAGAUUUGAUCGGUGGGGUCGCACUGGCAUGCGUCGAUGGACUCACACCAGCGACGAAGAGGAGAAUUCAGAAAAUGAAGAUGAUGAUUACUAAAAAAUGACAGGUGCCCUAGCUUGGUGUACUUGGUGUUGAUUAGGAUUCACUAUUUGUAUAUCCAGACAAUAUUCCAUCCAAAUGCCACAUUUUUACUGAAAUGUUGUGAUGAAGUCAAUAUAGAACGAUUUCCUUGAUAUACUUGUUGUUGUAUUUCAUUUAUCGUUACAAGAAAGUUUGACUGGAGUGAUGAAUUAUCUGUGGCUAAACAGAAUAUAUGACCCCAGUACUAGCAUGUGAUGGGUAUGUAGAAUAGGAGAGAAAUUCCUCAUUUGUUGACUUUUAUAUCAUUUCUACCACGAUUGUACCCAUAUCAUACCAAAAAUAGUUCUCAAAGAUUUGCAAAUGAAAUUGUGCCUUAACAUCAGAAAAAUAGAGCAAUGGCAAUUAUCAUAAAAACGACCCCCCCCCCCCCCCACCCUAAUAAAAAUACAAAAUGCUCUCACAAGCAAAGAAUUACAUUUCAUACUGCCACAUAAAGAUUUUUUUUUUGAGCAAUUUUCGGAACCCCUCCCCUUCUCCAUUGAAAAAAUUUACCCUGUUGUGUUACUUGAAAAUGAUGGUGAAAAAUAUAUAUUUUGUUGAUGCUAACUAUUUUUUGUAGUCAAAAUCACAGUUAUCAAAAUGGCACCAAUGACUAUAACCCCAUCUACAGGGCUAUAUGAUACCAUAGAUACUUUGAUAUGUGUAUUAACUAAUUUGUAAUGUGUAUCAAGUUUGCUAAAUUUGUUUUAAUACAUAAUUUUGUUACAUGUCUAUUAUUUAUUUCAUAGUAUUAAAACUACAUGUUUAUGUAUUUUCUAAAUUUUAUUUUCUAAAAAUAAAACAUUUUGAAUGAUGAAAAUCUCUGGGCUUGAUGCUAAAUGGAUAAAAAUCGCCAUCUUUCAUCUUUCCAAAAGGAAUUGAGGAACAAUAGUUUCUUUGAGCAGUUGGACGAAAGCAGUUGGUGGGAAGCUUAUCAUUCCUGUUCAUUACAAGACUAUAUUUACGGCACUUGUUCACCAUGGUCAACAUAUAUUUUGAUGUACUUUCCCUGUUAGGAGUGAGCUUUACAUGAAUAAUCUAUGUUUUUUUUUAAGAGGAAUGAAAUAAACAAUUCAUACAGCAGUUGUUAUGCUUAAUUUUUUUCAAAAUAGUUUUCAUUCGCCAAAUGGCCAGUAUAUGUUCAUAAUCUGUAUAUGCACAUGUGUACAAAUGUAAAUACCAUUUUGAAAUAAAGAAAGGCUCCACACACAGUA